AUGUCACAGUGCCCAACGUCGGGUGACGACGCUUCGGACGAUAUGGCCAUUUCCUAUGCUUCUGGACUUCCCACCGGCCAUACCCAGACGCUUCCCUCAUUUCGCGAGCUACUUCCACCGCAUUUACAUGAUGAGAUUGAGUCAACAUCCUACUACAGCAACACCAACAAUAACAACACCCCUCGUCACCAUCCUCACGAGCGCCCGCUAUCGAGCCAGGAGCUGCUAUCCGACGUACGAUCGGCUCCGGGGCGAUCGUUACCCGCCAAGUUUGGACCCGGAUAUGCGAACCCGGCUCUCAUCGACGAGGGGCACCCGCGAAACGUAGCGGAGCCCGGGGCUUUCCAACAAGCUCGACUGCCAGGGAGCGGCGGUUCCCCAGCAAUGUCAGGGAGCACACUGCAUCACCCGUCGCGGGGACCUAGCCCCAUUCUCCCUCCCAUCCGUGACCUCCAUUCACUACCGGAUCGCAAUCUGAAUGGGAUGCGAGGGGGUUCACCGUUUGCUACUACCGCAGACAUCCGCAGCGCUCCUAUCGAGUCACACGGUAUGGGUAUAGGGUCAUCUUUUGGAGCCGUUGGAGCCGUUGGACCCGCCAGGGGGCCUGCCAUUGCUCCGAGUCAACAGCAGCAGCCGCCGGCGCCGGCGGUGGCAGCAGCGCCAGCAUACGGGUAUACAUCAAUGCCAUACACGAGCGACUCCGAACAGAAUUCACCGCAGCACCUGGCGCAUCUUCCGCCGUCAUCGAACUUUGGCAUGAUGGGGGGGGAACCGGCGGACUCGAAAAAUAAGCGAAGAAGGGGGAACCUGCCAAAGCCUGUCACGGACAUCCUGCGGGCUUGGUUCCACGAUCAUCUAGACCACCCAUACCCGAGUGAAGAGGACAAACAGAUGUUCAUGACCCGUACCGGUCUCUCCAUCAGCCAGAUUAGUAACUGGUUCAUCAAUGCUCGACGCCGUCAACUUCCCGCCCUGCGCAACCAAAUGCGCAACGGGGGCAGUGAAGCAGAGAGCCGCCGACAGUCGCCGCUGAGCGACACGGAAUCCACACAGGAUGCCAUUUCACCGACCCGGGGCCCGAACGCUCAUCGGUCAUGA